AUGCGGACCAUGCACUGCUUCCUAUUCAUUUUACUAUUCUGCUUGGGACAAGUAUUCACCGACGUAAUCUUCACAUCAGAACGUUGCAACCGUGUGACAUACGGUCUACGAACAGUAAAUGGAGAUCCAUCAAGAUACAAGCAAUGUGGUCCUUCUGGAAGAGUAUGGAUUGUUCCAUGUGCUCCACAAAUGACCUUUGAUCCAGAAGAUAGGGUUUGCAAAGAACGCCUUGAUUCUCGAAUAGUUAAGCCAAUGAGAAAGUACGAAACCUCUCGAACAAUCAUCACUACACCUGCUCCAAUUCCUUCAAGUUAUCCUGUAUCCGCAGAAGUUAUAGCUCCAGGCGCUCCAGCAGCGUCUCACGCUGCCCCUGAAGAAUUUGUAUUUUCAACUAUUCGUCCGAAAAGUAGAAAACCAAAAGCAAAAACUCGAGGGAAAUUCAGAAAAACGACAACCGCCAUGAUUCAAACGACAACUCCAAUGACAGUUGAAUCAUUUGAAUCAAUGGAAAUGACGACGACUCCGAAAAUUGUAAUCUUCGCUAGCAAGAAAAAUAUGAACAAUACUAAUCGAAGUGGGGAAUCAAGAACUCAAUUGAUAAGGAAUCGAAACAGAGAAAGAGGAAAUGCUCCAGCAUUCACAAGGCCUGGAAGAGUUAGGACAACAACUCCGAUGUCUGUAACUCAUGCGACAAGAUUUGUGCCAGGUAUUCAACAUAAGGUUACUGUAGCACCGAAAGAAGUUCAAGGAAUGCCACAUACAUUGGCUCCAUAUGAAAAAAUGGAUAGAAGACCGGAUAGUUUUGGAGUUGAAGAAUUAACAACAAUGACUCCUGAGUAUACUGUUAGAUACAAUGGUCAAACGAUGACCGAAAACGAGUUUCUAAAUCAACUUCUACAUAUUGUCCAACAUCAGAAAACUGUCUCCGAACGUCAGCAACAAGAGAAAUUUGAAAAGAUGGAACAGGAAAGACUUCGACAGGAGAAGGAAGAAAAGGCUAGAGAAUUGGAACGCCGUAGAAAAUUGGAAGAGUCUGAAACUGCUCGUCAAGCCGAAUUGGAUCGGCAAGCUACAAUCUACGCCGAGCAAGAACGUAUGGCAAUGGAGAGAAAUCGAGAGUUGGAAAGAAUACGAUUGGAAGAGAAGAAACGAGAGAAUGAAAGAGUUAGACAAGAAGAAAUUGCAAUGGAAAUUUCGAAAAUACGAGAACUCGAACGGCUUCAAUUGGAAAGACAACGAAAGAAUGAAAGAGUUCGACAGGAACUGGAAGCAGCUCGUAAGUAUAAAUUGCAAGAAGAAGAACGUCAGCGGAAGAUCCAACAGCAGAAAGUUGAGAUGGAACAGAUCCGACAGCAAGAAGAAGCACGGCAAGAACAAUUGAGAGUUCUGGAAGAAGAGAGAGCACGGGAAUUGGAGAGAGUUAGACAGGAAGAGUUGGAAAGACAACAUCAAAUGGAGAUUCUGAGACAACAAGAAGAAGAUCAGAAGAAGAAGAAGCUGGAAAAAGAUCGGGAGCAGCGGGAACAGCAAGAAGCGGAAGAGCUGAACCGAAUGAUUAUUGAGAAAGAAAUGAAAGAAAAUAAACAGAAAAUGAUUGAAGAGAAAAACAAACGGAAAAUGUUGGAAAAGGAAAUGGAAGAUCGACAGAAUGCGAUUUAUGAAGAAGAGGAAAGAAGAAUAGCAGAAGAAGAGAGAAGGAAACAAAUUGAAAUUGAAGAACGUCGUCGAAUUCAGCAACAAAUAAUGAUAGCUACAGAAGAAAGAUCAAGAUUAGAUGCAAUGGAAAGAGAACGAGAAAUGUUAAGACAAAUUAAAGAAAGUGAGAAACAGAGAAAGGAAUUGGAACGUCAGGAGUUGUUGGCAACUACACCAAUAACCACAAUCAAGCCUAUCUAUCGUCCGGAUAUCUCGGAAUAUCGACCACCAGAUGUUGAGUCUCAUAUGAUUCGUUUUACAACUCAGUCACCUGAAUGGGCGACACCUUCACCAACAUGGAAUCCAGCAUGGAAUACGGUUACUGCAGAAGAAGAAACCCCGGGAAUUCCAAUUAUUCAUAGUCAAUGUCAAGUGAAUGGAGAAUGCGAACUGAAAUAUGACGUUGAUUCGUUCUGUGCUCAUCCAAGAUCUCCAUCAAUGUAUCUUCAAUGUGCUCCAUUGUACGGUAGGUUGGGAAGAUGGACUGAAAGAUAUUGUCCAGAUACUUUGAUAUUUAUUGUAUCAAUUGGAAGAUGUGAAAAGGGAGAAGAAACUCGUAAACCAUAUGAUCCAGACAAUCGAGUCGUGAUUCCAAGACUACCUUCGGAGACUUCAUUUGUUGAGUGGAAGGGUAAUAGAGUGAUUGACCAUCAACUCCCAACUCAUAUAUCCCCGCCACGAGUUUAUCCGCCUGUCCCGGAAACUCACCAACCUCAAAUCUACAGUACUAUUGAUCAGUUCCCAAAGGAUUUGCUUCCAAAGAUUCCAGAAUUAGCGACAGCUGAAAAAACCUAUGCUCAACAAUACCAAAAUCACAUUCAUGGAAGUGUGGUUAGUGGAGGACAUAAUCAUCAAGUUGUUCGACCAAUUGCUCCAACUCCAACAAUUGCUCCAAAUUCGAAUGUUCCAGUUUCCUAUCAAAUUUCUCAAAGCCAGAACUCACUAUCAACUAAUAGCAUAAAAUCCGAAAUUGAUCUUUCCCACAUACAUCCACUAUUUCCACGUGUUCAGCCAGAUUUUUUAAGUCGAAUGUUGCCAUCACUCAAUUUUAAAAUGCACGAUGAAAACUCUGGAGCUCAAUCACUUGGAAGUGUAGUCAAGCCUGUGCUUAAAAAGAUCGCUCUGAACCAAACUGAACAGUUCUUGGAUCGUUUAUUGGCUGAUCAAAAAAACGAUGAGAAGCUACGAAAAGAAACAAUUGAUCGGCUAAAGUCAUCAAAUAGCGAUAAUAUUACGAAAAAAAAUUAAUUAUAAUUUUAAAAUAAUUUAUUUGCAGAAUUGUAUUAUUUUAAUUUGUAAAAAUGAAAACUGCGAGCCUCAUGGUGAAUUUUCAGAAAAUUAAUACAAUGACAAUUAAAAAUUAGUGAAUUAUUUAGAACAAUUAAGUAUUUGUCGCUCGCAGUUUUUAUUUUUGUGAAUUUCUGUUCGCUAAAAAUCUUUAUUUCUUUUUGUCGUCAAAUUGGGUGUCGGGUACGCAAAUACUGCAAACACCGUCACGCACAUUUGCGGAUGAUGAUUUCUCAAAAUAUUUUUUUAAAUGUUUUUCACCGCCAUUUUCUUUUUUCUCAAAAUUUGCUUUCCUUUUUCAUUUUUCCACAUUCUACCUAGUUUUCGAAAGUCUUUCUGUUCCCCACUUGUGAUAAUAUGAUCUCCAUUCGUUUAAUCAAUAAUAAAGUGACAAAUUUAA